AUGGCUGAAGUGAUCGGAAUCAUCUCAGGGGCGAUCACCUUUGCAACUGUCGUUGCGCAGAUCUCUAAGUCGAUUUUCCAAAUAAAAGAAUGCUGGAGCCAGAUCCGUGACGCGCCCGAGGAAUUGCAAGAACUCAUCGCUGAGCUAGAAAUAUAUGAUCUUAUCUUGCGGGAAAUCGAACAAAGUCUUUCGUUGGGCCCACUGGCGAAUGCCAUAGGAACGAGUGCACAUUUAUCUCGGAGUCUAGAGAUUUGCAAGAAGGCAGCAGAGAGGCUUCAGGUUAUUUCAAAUGAACUUGCCAAAGACCUUAGUCCGUCUAGUCGCGUUAGACGGUCCUACUCUUCGUUUAAAACAGUGCUUCAAAAAAGCAAAGUGGAGAAGUACAAGGCCAAGCUCAGCAAUUCAAUUCGAUUGCUUUCUCUUUCGCAGCAGUGCUACUCAAUAGCUUUGAUGCAGACACAACCAGUCAUGGGUCCUCAGAUCCAAGUUCAGGAGAACAAAAGUGACAUCGCAGCUAUUAUUCUGCUUAUGAUAUCUGACUAUUUCCAAGAGAAUAAACAAGAACCUGGAUCAACCUCUGAUGUAAUUGACAUAUCGUCCCAAAAAUGCACAUAUUUAUGGCGGCUUGGAUUGCCAAUCUGGAUCACCUCGAAGGUCUUUGAAAUUCAAGGGAAAAGAGCAUAUGGCGGUUGGCAAUGGGUAUUUCGCACGUAUGAUUUUCUUUCACGGGGUCACCCGGUCUUUGAUUUUGUUGCACAUGGAGACCUUGAUGGUCUACGUCAAGUGUUCUCAUCUGGAAAGCUCUCCUUCUUUGUAAGGGAUGAAAUAGGGAUGACUUUACUAUCCCGGGCUUGCUACCAUAAUCGAUUCGAAGUAGCGGAGUUUCUACUGAAACAAGGGGCUGAUCCAAAUGUACUGGAUUAUUUUAGGAAGAAGCCUAUUUCUUCAAUAGGGCGAAUUAGGAUAAACCCUCCUCGGAAGUCACAGCCUAUACUUCCACUUCUGCGAUUGCUCUGUCAAUUUGAAAAUGAAUCGCAGGAGGAUCCUGAGGAUGUCUUUCUCAGGAGUUUUCACAGGUUCAGGGGCACAGCAGAGGAAUUUAAUUUUCUCCAGCAAGCCUGCUGCCCGUUAUUUUUUACCUUAUCCGAUGAGGAGCGCAUUAGAUUUGCCAUUAUGGAACUAGGUGCUUGCUUAUCCCGUAAUUUAUGGAAUGGGCCCUCCAUUAUUAGGGCCAUUCUGAAUGGGAUCUCUUUUACGACUUCCAAAUUUGAAGUUGUUUCUGCUACACUUUCUAACUUUGAAGUGCCACCAGGCAUUGGCCCUUUCAUCGGCGGCGCUCACAUGAUCACUUUGCCUCAUGGUGUUGCAUACUGCAUGGGAUGUACCAAGAUCGACUCAAACUGGCCUCAUGAUGCAAUUAAGGACAGGGCUAUGAAGCAAAAAGUUUAUGAGGAAUGGUAUAUGAUGUUUCGAGAAAUGUUGGAUAAUGGUCUUCACAUACACAAAGCAAUGAACGGACUAACUCUGUUGCAAGCUUUCAUAGAUGGUUGUCUGCAGGUUUCUAAACCGCUUCAAGGCUCGCUUACGAAGAAGUGCAAUGAAGCACUCAGAGCGCUAUUGCGGGAUCUUCAAGGUGCCGGUGUCAACCUGAAAGAUUUCGGUGAGAGAGAAGAGUUGAUACUGCAAGACCAAGGGGGGUAUAUUGAUUUUCGAACUUUCGGUAGAUCGUGGUGCUUUGUUAUUCGAUUAAUUGGAUUCUCAUAUGGCCCAACACCCGAGGAUUGGUGCUUAUGGGUUAGUGAGCCCUCCGAUGAAUUUGUGGGAGACUUUUGGGCAAUGGUUGAUCGACGUAUGGAGAUGCCGGGAGGAUGGUCGGAAGACAUACUCUUGUCUUUUUGA